GGAAAUAAAAGUAUCUGAGGAGGGAGGGAUGGUCUCAGGGUUGCACUUUUGGUUUAGGGUAGCCAGGGAAGGUGACUUCUAGCUAUGUGGGUCUCUGAGGAGGAGCAUUCCAGGAAGAGGACAUAACAGGUGCAAAGGUCUUGAGGCAACAGUGUUCCUGGCAUUUUUGAGAAUAAGUCAGGGGAAAAACUAUGUUAGGCCUCUUUCAUGCCCUGUACUUUUUCUCUAUUAUAAUAAUUGAAAUUAAAUACUUGUCUAAUUUAUUUAGUGUGUUUCUCUACUAGACGCUAAGCUUUCUUAGUGCAGAGGCUGGGCCUUUGUCUUUGCUCAAUUCUCAACUCUCAGCAAGUUCCUGGCCCUUAGUAGGUGCUCAGUCAUAUUUUGUUUGUGAAUAACUGGCACGGGGUAAAAAAAAAACUGUACAAAUAGAACAGGCCUAGAGAAAGAGGCUGGGGGAUUGUAGCUGCGGCCAGGGGUGAACUUAGGGUGGGGCCGCUGGGGAGCGACAAGAAGCUGCACUGGGAUUUUGCUUGCCAUCGCGGGCGGCCAUUUUGGAAUCUCUGGCGCUCAGUCGCCUUACGGUUCUGCGGUUCUGCGCGUGCGCCUGGCUACUGGUCCGCGCACCCCUUGGAAUCGGCGGUUAUGCGCGUGCGCCCGGCAACUGUUUGGUCCGCGCACCUUUUGGACACGUAACGGCCGCGCCGCCAACGCGCGAAGGCAGGUGCAAACGGCAGCAAGCGGCUAUCACCAUCAUGCCCAAGAAUAAAGGUAAAGGAGGUAAAAACAGACGCAGGGGGAAGAAUGAGAAUGAAUCGGAAAAAAGAGAACUGGUGUUUAAAGAGGAUGGACAAGAGUAUGCUCAAGUUAUCAAAAUGUUGGGAAAUGGACGUUUAGAAGCUCUGUGUUUUGACGGUGUGAAGAGGCUAUGCCAUAUCAGAGGAAAACUGAGAAAAAAGGUUUGGAUAAAUACCUCAGACAUUAUAUUGGUUGGUCUGCGAGAGUAUCAGGAUAACAAAGCUGACGUAAUUUUAAAGUACAAUGCAGAUGAAGCUAGAAGUCUGAGGGCGUAUGGCGAGCUUCCAGAACAUACUAAAAUCAAGGAGACAGAUGCAUAUGGUCCUGGAGAUGAUGAUGAAAUCCAGUUUGAUGAUAUUGGAGAUGACGAGGACAUUGAUGACAUUUAAAUGGAACUCGAAGUUUCUGAGGCUCAUUCUGCAAUUUGGGUUUUGGCCAUCACUUGUUAAGAAGAGAACUUUAUUCGGUGUGGAUGUAGUUUGCUAAGGCCCCCUGAUUUAUGUUCAUUAUUUUAAAGUGUUUAUUGUAUUUUUAAAAAAUUGAUGAAGCUGACAAGUGAAAUGUAAACACUUGUUCUUCUCAUAAAGUGUAACUUAGGAGUAAAAGACCAGAACAUCAGAGUUCAAGUAGUUUCUUCAAAAGAAGUUUUCUUUCGUUCAAAAGAAGAAAAGGAAUGCCUUUCCCGCUGCAACUACUUUUCUUCCAGUUAAUGCAUGUUUUGAAUAAAUUGCCUUACCAACA